AUGGUUGCCAAGAAUUCUGUAACGAUCGAGAACGUAAAUUCGCCUACAACUCAACUUCAUAAAAACAAACUUACUCAGUGUUUUGAUGAUAUGAUGAGAAUGAGUUCAGAGAUGUUGGUUCAGGAACAACUGAAGACGAUACAAUUGGAUAACGGUAUAACAAAUGGAUUUUCUGCAACACAUCAAAAGAAUCUAAAGGAGAAAUUUCAUGUAUUCCAUGGUAUAUUGGACGAUCUAGAUAUCACACUAGACAAAUGUGCAACUUAUGUAGAGACUUUAAACAAGAUUGGGAUAGAGAAAGAAGAGUUAAGGAAGAAAGAGGAAGAACUUGAGGCUGAAAGGCAAAAGAAAUUAGAAGAAGAGAAAGAACAACAACGUAUAGCUAAAGAAGAAUUAAUGAAGAAAGAAAAAGAAGAACAAGAACAAAAGGAAAAGGAAAAACAAGAGAAGGAGAAGAGAGAGAAAGAGAAGAGAGAAGCUCAGCAAAAGGAAAAUAAUGUGACUGGUAAUGCACUGGAUUUAAUGGAUGAUAUGAGACUCAGUUUCAAUGAUGAUGUCGGUGUAAAUGUUGAUGGCACUCAAAACGAUCUACUUGGCUCUUUUAAUUCCGGUGAUAAAGGUUCCAAUAAUACGCCGGGUAUACUCGCUGCUUCUGCUGGAGUAAAUGAUAUUUCAGAUCCAUUACAAUCAUUAACAUCUGCUGGUGAGACAGAUGAUAAAAAUAACAGUAGCAAUAAGAGUAACAAUAAUAAAGGUAGCAAUAAUAAUGCUAAUAAUGCUAAUGAUACAGGAGCAAACAGUGUAUUUAACGAUCUCGAUGCAAUGGACAUGUCUCUAUUUACAGACCUUGACAAUACAAACUUUGAUCCUCUUUCUGAAACUUUGAAUGGUACUAAUGAUCUCACAGGUAAGGAUACUGCCAUGAAUGACAACAAUAAUAAUAGCAAUAAUAAUGACACUAAUAAUAACAACAGUAAUAAUAAUAAUGGUAGUACUAAUAAUAACCAAAUAAGUACGGAUAAUGGAGCAACAGCAACCACAGGGGCAAUAAAUGUCGAUAAUGAAAAUAAUGGUAAUGUCAUGGUCAACAAUAAUAAUGAUAGUCUCAAUAUGAUGGAGCCAUUACAAGAUAUGGGUGAUGACUAUUUAACACUGAACGAUUUCAAUGAUCUUAACAUUGAUUGGAAUGCUGGGGGUGAUUCAGGAGACUUGGACCUUAACGAUUUUAACAUAUAA